CCACGCGGGGUCCCCACGAGACUACCCCCCUUGCCCUCCCGUAACGGCCCGAGGCCCCGCCCAGCAACUCGGUGAGUGCAAAUGAGCGACCGAGGCCUCACUGUCCCAAACUCGUGUCCGCCGGCAAUGCACAGUCCAGAGGCGGCUUCAUCAGAUCGGGUAAGGAGGAGCGGACCAUCUUUGCGGCUCCUCACCGGAACGAAUAGAACUGGGCUUUGCUGGUGCCUGGUAAAUAAAUUGGAAAAAAUAAAUCAGAAGGGCGCAGUCAAGGUCGCCGAAAACCGCAGAACCCUCGCGGUGCUGUGUUGAAGCCGCCGCUAGGAAACUCCCUACAAUCGAAAACUUUCGGAUCUCUUUUUAUUUUCACUUUGAGUCGCCCCGCUGUUGCAGAACAUCCGAGCAAGUCAUGCCGUAAGCACUGCUGACGGAAAUAACCGACUGGCUAAAGCCUGGCCGCUGUCACAGACCAACCGGAUGAUUUUGUCUGCGUCUAACCAUGAAAAGUGGCCAAUAUUAGAACUGUCGACUCGCCAUGGCGGACUCGGAACAACUGGAAGAAAACCUGAAAAAACUCAUCGUUCGUCUCCAAAACGUCGAGCAGGGGAAAGAAGUCAACACUUUGCUUCAGAUUUUGGACGAUUUGAUUCUCCUCACCACCGUUCAAAAUGCCUCGAUUUUAUUCGGAAAUAAGAACGUCCACAUGCCGUUGCUGGUGGUUCUGGAAUCCUUUACCGAUGUUGCCUGUAUCCAACAGGCAGGUUGGUCCUUACUCUGUAAACUGAUGGAGCUCUGUCCAGACAUAAUUAACAAAUUGGCUACACCCCAAGAUAUGGGAAAGGACUGGGAUGUUCUUGGAGUGCAUCAACAGAUGUUGAAUUUAUUGAUGACUUACAAUUUUCAUCCCACCAUACUGCUUGUUGGCCUUAAGGUGUUAACCCUCCUUGUUCAGUCAGAUGAAAUUUCAUUAUUGCUUCGAGAUGAAGAAAUGGAUGUGUUUUCUUUGGUUCUUGACGGAAUGAAGACAUUUUCUGACCAUUGUGGAAUUCAGUUGCAUGGAUGUCAGGUGUUGUGUGCACUUUUAGAAAAAGUUCCAGAUGAGCAGGUCAUUGAAUUUGUAGAAGGGAAAGAUCACUGGGUCAUUUUAGAAGCCCUGAAAAACUUUAAUGAACAUGAAGAUAUGGUACACCAUGGCCUGAGAACUCUGCUCCCUUUGGCUGGUCCAACAAAUAAUGUGGAAAUUCUGAUGUCUGGAAAUGAAAAAUGUUACAGUCUGGUAACUGGUGCAAUGAAGAGAUUCCCUGAAAGUGAGGCAAUUCAUGAAAUUGGUUGCUGUUUACUUCAGAGGUUUACACUCAAUUAUUUUUACAACAUUUUGCUGCUGAAUGGAGUGCAUGAGGUUGUCAUUAAUGCAGUUCUAAAAUAUCCACAGAAUGGUACAUUACAGGCUGCAGCUCUCAACAGUUUGGCUCUUUUAACGGAAACAAUAUUUGUGAACAAGGAUCUUGAAGGAAAAAAAGAUGAUCUCUGCUGGUCGGAGGCUUGCUGUCAAGCUUUGGAAUCAUUCAAGGAGAACGCAAAGGUCCAGGAAGCAGCUUGUUGGGCACUGUACAAUCUACUUCUGUAUAAGAAUGAUCUUCAUACAAAAUUUGGAGAUGAAGAAGCAUGCUACCCAGUUCACAGACUGAUGAUGGCAGCCAUGUUAUUACAUUCCAAUUCAAAGGAAGUGUUUCAGGCAGCGGCAAAUGCUCUAGCAACUUUGGCAGACAAAAGUGUACAAGUAAGAAAGCUUCUGUUGGCAAAAGGGAUACAUAUCAACAUCCUAGACCUAAUGAAAAAAUAUUCAGAUUCUUGUGAUGUCCUGGAAAGUGCCUGCAAGCUCCUUAAUAAGCUAUUCCUGGGAAGUACAUUGAGUCUGGAUAUUAUGAGAUUAACUUCAAGCAGAAUAGUUGACACAUUGAAGAGUAGUUUGCAGACUUCUUCAGUGCAGCUUGAGGCCCUUCGAGUCAUGUCACAUAUUAUUUGCCCUGUCAUCCUGAAGGAGAACAUGAUGGAUGCAAAGGAAGAUAUGAACGUGUUGGAAUCAAUGCAGAUUGUAAAACAGUGUUUGCCAGAUGGUUUUCAUGGAUUGGUUCUUGAAGCUUUGAACAAGUUUAUUGGGAAUCCAGAUAUCCAACACUGUGGCCUUCAAUUACUUUGUUCCAUUGCUGAUCAUUCAGGUGCACCAGAACUGAUGAGACGAGGGGCUUUGGUCACUGUGAUCCAUAUUUCACAAAUGUAUCCUUAUAAACGAGAAAUUCUGUACCUGUGUCUGAAACUUCUGGGGUUCCUUGUUCCGAAGAAAGAUUUAUAUCAUGCACUCUUGGUUUUGGUGGCAGAGAUUUUGUUGGAAGCAUUACGCAGAUAUGAAGAUGACAUAGCAAUGCAGAUACAGGGUUUUCAAGCAGUCUUGAUGUAUUUUAAAACCGUACCAUCUGCUUUUGGAAUUUUCUUCAAGGAAGGCAUUGACAGAUUUAUUUUUCAUCAAAUGGCAGAUUGCAGAAACAAGCAGCUACAGAGCCUCCUCUGCAAAUGUUUGUGCAAGUUGGCCAUUGAUCGUGGAAUAAGAAAUCAGAUGCUUGAGAAUGCUUGCUCAGAAAACAAUGUCAUGAUGGUAGAAUACUUAAUCUUCUUGAAAGCCGACGUCAAUCACAAGUCUAAAAAUGAAUCAUUGAUUUAUCAGGCUUGUAAGCAAAGCAGCAGCCCAUUGUUAGUGGAGCUUUUGCUUAACAGUGGAGCACGCGAGCAAGAUAUUCGGAAAGCAUUAGAAGCCAGCAUUAAGAUGGGUGAUGACAAAAUCAUAAGCUUGCUUUUAAGAAAACUUGGAUUGGACCAAAACAAUAAGGCCAUUUGCCUGGGUGGAUUUCAUAUGGGAAAGAUUGAAGCUGCUUGGUUACGUGCAUUGUUUCCUGAUGAAAAGUCCCCCAUUUCAAAACGAGAGCUGACCACAGAUGCCUCCUUGACAAACCUUUUGCUAAAGGAUGGGGCAGAGUUGCCACUGUCAAGUACAAGUUCUGAAUUGAGCUACUCUGAGGAAGCAUUGGACAAGAACAAUGAUUGCACUGCAUUAUCGGAUGUGUCAGCGACUGAUACAGAAGAAAGCAGCCUAUUUGAUGACUUGGAAAGUGAAGGGAGUUAUGUCGUAGUUCAAAAUCCAAACUACUCCUUGUAUGCUGAAAUGGAGUCUACAGUUAAUUUGAGGCACGACAACUCUCUGAGUUCACUUGAUGAUGUUGAGCCUGCAGUUAACCCAAGGCGGAGAUCUAUUUCUCAUGUGUUUUAUAAAUCAGGUUGUGCAUCAAAAAGACCCUCUUUUGGAAGUGGACAAGACCAGUUGUUGCAGUUUGCUUCUGAGACAGAAUUCGUCUGGUCAUUGGAUCUUUCUGAAAAUGACUUAGAAAAUCUAAACUUUUUCAGUCAGAAUUGUUGUAUUGUUGCACAACUUGCACAUCUACACACACUGGACCUAAGUCAAAAUAACUUAGUACACUUCUCCCAAGAUUUGUGCACUAUUUUCAAAUGUCUGACUGACUUGGACAUAAGCAAUAACAAGUUCACCUCCUUUCCUUCAUGUAUGCUGGAAAUGCAGUCCAUUGUCUCCCUUGAUAUCUCUAGAAACAACAUUGGUCAUUCUCUGAGCUUGAACUCCAGGUGCCCAACCCUGAAAAAAUUAAAUUUGUCACAAAACCAACUCCCUUCUUUUCCAGACUGUCUUGGUAAAGCCACAGAAAAAUUGGAAGAGCUGUUACUUAAAGGAAACAAAAUGAGGACAAUUGUAUCUUCGUUGUGUUUGACUGAGCUUAAUCUACUAGACCUUAGUCAGAAUUGCAUCUCCACCAUUGUGGAUACAUUUCUAAUCCAGUGCUCAAAGCUGGAAACAUUCAGAGUCUCGGAGAAUCAUCUUGGUAAGUUGUCUGGUUUGCCGUCAAAAAUUACCGCAAUCGAUUUGGCCAGCAACAAGUUUGACAGAGUUCCUGAAGCAGUUCUCAAGCUUCAACACUUAAGGAGUGUAAACCUAAGUCGCAAUAACAUAUCAGAACUUCCUGGGCCUAUACAUUGGGAGUCUUCAAGUUUAAGGGAGCUGAUAUUCAGCCAUAACCAAAUCAGUGCUUUGGAUUUGAAUGAAGGAACAAACAAAUGGUUACGACUAGAAAAGCUGAAUCUGAACAAUAACAAGUUGAAGGAGCUACCUCCCCAAAUUGGUCUGCUAGAAAACUUAACCUCUUUACUCCUGAGUUAUAACUCUGACUUGAGAUCCUUACCAAAUGAAAUGGGGAAGCUGCAAAAGUUGUGGGAGCUUGAACUCCAAGGGCUGUUUCUGGAUUUGGAUUUAAAACAUGUGGGCAGCAAAACAAAAGAUAUUAUAAGAUUUCUGCAUCAGCGCUUGAAGAAAGCUGUACCUUAUUACAGAAUGAAGCUAAUGAUAGUGGGAAAUGCCGGUAGUGGUAAAACAACAUUGCUUCAGCAACUGAUGAAAUGCAAGCAGCCAAAUUCGGGGCCAGAAAAAGCCACGAUUGGAAUUGAUGUUAAAGAGUGGUCAGUUCAUGUAAAAGCAAAAAUAGGGAAGAGGAAAGAAUACAUGUUGAGUGUCUGGGAUUUUGCAGGCCAAGAAGAGUUCUACAGCACACAUCCCCACUUUAUGUCUCCACGAGCCCUGUACCUUGUUGUUUAUGACCUUAGUAAAGGAGUUGGUGAAAUUGAUGCUAUCAAACCUUGGUUAUUCAACAUAAAGGCACGUUCCUCAUCUUGUCCUGUAAUUCUUGUUGGCACUCAUGUUGACAUGACCAAUGAAAAGCAUCAGCAAAACUGUAUAACCAAAAUUAAGAUGGAAUUCCUUCAGCAACAUGAUUUUCCUCCUGUCCGUGAUUACCAUUUUGUGGUGGCCACAGAAGAAUCUGACUCUGUUGUAAAACUGCGUAGAGCCAUUAUUAGUGAAUUACAGACUUUCAAGAUCAGGGACCAGCCAGUAAUGGGUCAGCUAAUACCUCAUAGUUAUAUGGAGUUGGAAAAGAAGAUUAUACAGGAACGAAAGACUGUUCUAACAGAAUUCCCAGUAAUUCAUCAGCAGCGGCUGCUGGAAAUAGUUCAAGAGAAUAAUUUGCAGUUGGAUGAAAAUGAGCUGUCCCAUGCUGUUCACUUCCUCAAUGAGUCUGGUGUGCUACUGCACUUUCAUGAUCCUGCUCUUCACCUCCGGGAUCUUUAUUUUGUAGAUCCACAGUGGCUGUGUAAGAUGAUGGUGCAGAUUGUGACUGUCAAAGCAGCAAGUUUUCCAAAGCAUCCAUGUGGGAUUAUUUACCGAUCAGAUGUUGAGAAGUAUCUCUCCCAGCAAAACAGUUUCCCUCAGAAUUACAUGUCACAAUAUAUAAAACUCCUGGAAAAAUUCCAAAUCGCAUUGCCUUUAGGAGAAGAACAACUACUUAUUCCAAGCAGUUUGCCUGAUCAGAGACCUGUAAUUGAACUCCCACAUUGUGAAAACUCUGAAUUGAUAAUAAGGCUUUAUGAGAUGCCAUAUUUCCCAAUGGGAUUCUGGUCCAGGCUUAUCAACAGAUUACUGGAGGUUUCUGCUUAUUUGCUUCGUAAACAAGGUGGAGAGAAACCUUUACGUCCUAAUAGGACAUAUUGGAGACAAGGAGUCUAUCUGAUUUGGUCACCAGAAGCUUACUGUCUGGUAGACUCAACUGUAUUGGACAAUAAACCAGAGAGUAUUCUCAAAAUAACCGUUCCAUGCUGCAGGAAAGGGUUCAUCUUGUUGGGACAGAUUGUCGAUCACAUUGAUUCCCUAAUGGAAGAGUGGUUUCCAGGGCUUUUGGAGACAGAUAUAAGCGGUGAAGGAGGCACUCUUUUGAAGAAAUAUGCAAUGUAUAGCUUUGAAGAUGAUCAAGAAUGCCAGCAGAUUCUAAUAGAUGACUUGCUGGACAUAGCUGAAGAAGGGGAUUUUUUGACUUGUCCCACUGAUAGAAGCAACAAGGUUUCCAUUUCACGAGUUGCGCCAGAUCUUGUGCUGGUUGAUCUACCCAGGAACAUUAUGCUGGAUGUUAAACACCUUAAGCUUGAACAAACGCCUGAUUUUUUGCUGGGUGAUGGAGGGUUUGCAUCUGUUUAUCGGGCAACUUACAGAUGUAAAGAAGUGGCUGUCAAAAUUUUUAACAAACAUGUGUCAAAAAUGCACCUACAUCGUCUUCUGAGACAAGAACUUGCAGUUCUUAGUUAUCUGCAUCAUCCCAGUUUGGUGUCUCUAUUGGCGGCUGACUUUCGACCUCGGAUGUUGGUAAUGGAAUUAGCACCCAAAGGUUCCCUGGACCUCUUGCUUAACCUUGAGAAAGACCACCUUAAUCGAACACUUCAACAUCGGAUUGCUCUACAGGUGGCUGAUGGCUUAAGAUAUUUGCAUUCGUCAAUGAUAAUAUAUAGGGAUAUGAAACCUCACAAUGUACUACUGUUCAGUUUGAACCCUAACUCUGCUAUAAUUGCCAAAAUUGCUGAUUAUGGCAUUGCUCAGUACUGCUGCAGAAUGGGAAUCAAGAGCUCUGAGGGCACACCAGGAUUCCGAGCACCAGAGGUUGCAAAAGGAAAUGUCAUAUAUAAUCAUCAGGCUGAUGUGUAUUCCUUUGGGUUGCUUUUAUAUGAUUUGAUGACUAAUGGUGAAAGGAUCUCUACUGGAAUGAAGUUUCCAAAUGACUUUGAUGAAAUGGCAAUUCAGGGGAAAUUGCCAGAUCCGGUCAAAGAACUUAACUGUUCUCCAUGGCCUGGUGUCCAGACUUUAAUUGAUGAUUGUCUGAAACAAAAUCCCGAGGAUAGGCCUACAGCUUCUCAGGUAUAUGACACUCUGAACUCAGUGGAGUUACUUUGUCUGAAGAGAAGGAUGAUAGUACCCAGUAACCUCACAGCAGAUUGCCUGGUGGUUACCAACUCAAUUUGCAGAAAACCUAGUGUCUGGAUUGGCAGUGGGAAAAGAGACAAGGCACAACUCUCCUGUUUAGAACUGGAUACUGAUGGGCAGGCUGUCAUGGACAUUGAGGACAACCGCAUUUUGUGCUUGGCACUGGUAUGUGUGAUUGGUGAACAAGUUAACUGGGUUGUUGCUGGCACUCAGUCUGGGCAUUUGUGGAUAAUUAACACAGAAAAUGUAAAAUCUGUUCAUCAACUUCGGAAGAUGUCUGAUUCUAUUACUUGUUUGUUCUGUACACAUCAUUCCAAACAUAGCAAAGAAGAAAAUUUCCUGUUGGUGGGGACAGCAGAUGGAAAGCUUGCAGCUUUUAAGGAUACAACAGUAAAGUAUCAAGAUGGAGCACCACUGAAGGUUGUGGAUAUAGGUGACAUUAGUACUCCUUUGGUCUGCUUUAGUAUGUCUUCUACUUCAGAACAGGUAGUUUUUUGGGCAAGCUGUGGAACAAAGAUCAUAUCCCUCACCAGUGAUUUUACAGUUCAGAAGGUGAUAGACACAAAAACAAGAACUCUAAGACAGCAAAAAUAUUACUGUGAUGGAAAUAUUAUCACAAUGGUGAUUGAUAAGUACAUUUAUCUGGCAAAGAAAGACAGUCACAUUGUUGAACUUUGGGACAAAAAGUCAUACAAACUGAGUGCGUCAAUUGAUUGUUCUUCUUUUCUUAAGAAUGACACUUAUUCUGCCAGAGUGAAAACACUUCAUCUUCAAAAGGCAACUGCCCUUUGGAUUGGAACAGGAGGGGGUGAUGUCAUAUUAUUAGAUCUUUCCACUCAUCAAUCGAUCCAGGUCAUUGAUAAAUUUUGUCACUCAAUUCGAAGCAUGGUGACAGCACAAAUUGAAAAGGGACACCUUCGCACUGUCAUGUUGAUCCUAGGGAAUGUCUAUAAGGAUUAUAAUGAAAACAAUCAGCAGCAGAGUGGAUUGCAAUCACAGCUGUUUGUUUGGGACAUGAAUCUUCCUUAUGAGAUCCAGAGCCUGAAAAAGCACACAGAUAUGAGAAGAGAAAUCAUUGAAAAAAUGAGGACUGGUUCAUUGGAAUGAGUGCACAUGGGCAAAUACGUGUAUACGUUUUCUUCAAUUGAUUUGAUGUUUUGUGUUUAUUGAAGAGAUGAAAUGGUAAACCUAACAUUUCAGCAUUCUAGUUAAGUCACAGAAGGCAUUUUUAAGAUGGGAUAUUGCACACACAGGAGCCAAAAUACCUCCUACACUUGUCCCAUUGUGGAAAUUUCCUCUGUAGAGCUUGAAACUAGUUAUAUUGAGGAAUUAUUCUAUUGUCGUAGCAAUCAUAUAUUUUUGUUACUUUGUCAUGAAGCUAGUUUAAAUCUCUAGAUUCCUGAAUUUUGGCUUUUGUAAUAUUGCAAUAAUAUAAAUAAAUUUACAGAUUGGAUACUCGAUUAACCUGAUUGAUGUGCCAUAGCAGGAGAGUUCAGAAGUUAAUGAUUUAAUAUACCAUUAACCAUGUUGGAAAUGAAGUGACACACUUGCUGACAAUAUGAGAGCACUGAUUUCUGGGUCCAAGAACAAACCCAGUGGGAGGUUGCCAAGGUGGGAUUUGUGCCCAUCCAAUUAGUUCAUUAUUGACACCUCAGGAGUCUUGAGGGUUUGCCAAAUUGCAAUAAAUUGUGAAUGUUCCUGAUCAAUUAUUGGGAAUGAUGCUAGGAGCUCACCAGGGAGAGGGGUUCAGGAAACCAUGUUCUCAAAAGUCUAAUCACAAAAAUGGCAAUCUUUAAAAAGAUAUGACCAACUCUUGAUAUAGGAGCAAAGAUUGUGGUUGCCUUUAAAACAGCUCCAAACGCUUUCAAAACAUAUAUGAGCUACUCACCUCCACACCGGCACAUUUGGGACAAAGAUGUAACUGGUGAUGCCUGAUGACUAGUACUGUAAAAGGGAAUCUGAAUGCUGGUAACUAAAUGGCAGGGCAUUUAAACCCCUGGUUAAUGAUUAUUAAGGUGACGAUGCCACUCUAGGAAAUAGGUAAAUUGAGGAUCUCCCUGUUUGCCACUCCUGGGUACUUUCCACUGCCAGCAUGUCUGGCAAGAGGUAGCAGCUAAGUUCAGCACUGUGCAUACUAAUCACAGCGCUUAGGAACAGAGAUGAGAAGGUGGAAACCUUAUAAAAGCUGCCACAGUUAGAUUAAAUUCCAUUAAUCAAUUGUCUAUGCCUUCCACAAGUAUUACCAAGUAGCUUGUUGUACAUGUACUGCUGGCCCUUGCAAACUCUCUCAAAACCUGCUUCUCCGGCUCCAUCCCCUCUCAAACAGUAUAAAACCCAUCACAUUUCUACUUCUCUUCAGCUCUGAAGAAGUCAUACGGACUUGAAACGUUAAUCUGUUUCUUUCUCUACAGAUGCUGCCAGACCUGCUGAGUUUUUCCAGAAUUUUCUGUUCUUAUCCCUCAAAACCUUGUAGUCUAACCAUUCAUAUCUCUUAGGCACGUAUUUUAGCUAUAAGCUCUCGCAAUACGCUUGGCACAUCAACAUAUACAAAGGAUUUUAUACAUAAAAUACAACCAGGUUUCAUGAUGCCCGUGAUGAGCUUCAGUUUUGACAGGUCUAUCACUAUCCAUAUGCUCCUUCAACUAACAACAUACCAAGUAUACUCCUCUGGUUGCAUGGAAAAUAACAUCUCAUGCAAGGGAACAACUCCAAACAGGAGGAAGCUUCAGAAAUUAUAGGGUUGUGACUCCACUGAGGAAGACCACCUACUAUAAUCUUCUGUAUAAGAGCACCUCUUAAUCCACACAGGCAUACAAACAACAUACAUAGUUAGUAAAUAGCAGUACAAGCUCCACUGCAAUAUAUCUCUUGGAGUACCCAUUGUAACAUUGAUCACAUAUUCACCCUUUUAGGCCUGAGACAGCAACUUGCAGUAUUGCAAGUGGGCCAGAACAAGACAGCAUCCUCUGUCUCUUUUACCAUUUUUUGCAAGGAUCAUCACAGCUGCACAUGGCCUGGAGGAUGCAAUUAAUGAGGUUGAGGAGAUAGCCACUGGUGAGUCACAGAUUAUGGGGAGGGGAUUAUGGUGGUGGGAGAGGAGAUUCAGUAUCUUUCUGGAUGGUGGCAAAUACCCCUGUGUUUUGGAAAAUAGCAUCACCGUAAAGAUGAAAAAGUGGGCAGAACAUUAACUUAAGGUGCAGAUGAUGCUAGACUGAAAUGAAGCAAAGCUUAAAAAAAAAAUGAUUGCACAGCUAAUGCAGCCCUGAAAUGUAAUGACAGAACCAACCCUAUUAACUCCUCACCAACUGGCCUCCUGCUGACAUAAAGCCUGACUAGCCAAUUCCGACAGCCCUUGCUGGAUAAGCUUGUCCAAUUCUGUAGAUGGGGUAGUGACGUCAUGGUGGGUGUGGCCAAUCCGGCUGUGUUGCCUUAUUUUUCUGUUAUGCAUUAUUUUUCUUUGUACCAUGAAAUACUGUGAUUGAGGGGAGGGUUGGAUUGUCAAGCAUUUGCCGUUGAUAAAUAGACUUGGGCAAGGGCGUUUCGACUUCUAUAACUAUGGUUAGUCACACCCUUAGGUGGUAUAAAUGUUGAUGUGGGAGACGGGUUAUUGCUCACAUCAUCUUUACACAUCUUUGAUUGUUGCAAAGAAUUUCUGUGCAACCAGUUUCUCAACAUUAGUAACAAAGCUGUAUGUAUGCUUAAUGAGCUUCCAACUGAAAAGUAAUGGGAGUGAUUGAUAACCAAGGUAUAGUGGACAGGGCUGCAUUUUCAGUUGGGAUCAGACAAGGCUGCUAGCUAUGUAAUUUGUUGGCUUUUGCUUGCCCAAUCCCAUUGGUGGUAGAAAUAACGUUUGUUGAAAAUCUAUCCUUCAACUGUGUGCAUUUGGUUUGGUUGAUAAAAAUAUGUUCUUAUCAUCCAA